CAAGGGCUUCUUUAGCCUCACCCCGGGCCCUGGGAGCCUCUGAGCUAGUGGGGCCCCGCCGUCUCAGCGGUCCAUCCAAGGCGGAAGCCCCUGGGCCAGCUGGGCCAGCGCCAGCCCCUCCCCCACAUUCCUCCUCCCACUGCUGCCUUUAAAGGCUCCUGGGGCCCACAGGCCACCAUCUGCCUUCUGCCUGCCACCUGCCACCAUGCGCUGUCUUGUAAGCCUAGCUCUGGCCCUGCUGGCCCUGGAGGCUGCCCUGGCCCUGGCCCCAGCCCCGGCCCUCACCUUGCCAGCGCAGGCUGUGUGUCCGGAGCUCAGCUCCUCCGAGGAGGACGCCUGUGUGGUCUCCUGCAACUCAGACGAGAACUGCCCCCAAGGCACCAAAUGCUGCCCCAGGAGCCCCUGCAGCCGCUCCUGCGUGGUCCCCCUCAUCGCGCCUGUGCAGAAGGCCGGCCGCUGCCCCUGGGUGCCGGCCCCGCUGACGCCCACACCCUGCUUGGAGAGCAGUGAGUGCUCCCGGGACGACCACUGUGCGGGUGACAGAAAGUGCUGCCUGAGCACCUGCGCCAUGAGGUGUCUCUCACCUGAGGCAGAGGAGCCACUCCAGUGAGGGGCUUCCCCAGGAACCCCCCGGCUGCCGGGAGCGACCAGCCUGAGCCUGCUUGGCAAGAACCUCGUCUCCCCGAUCCAGAGAGCGCGAGACACUUCCCACCUGCUGCCAAUAAAAACCCAC